GAUGUUUCAUUGCCAUGGGAUGACUCAUUUCUGAUGAAAUAACCUGCCUGGAGGAAAUAUCUUAAACUACCUGUGUCCACACUUGCCACUUUCACUGUUUAACAUUAGCAAAGUCAAACAAUCAUGGGCUUCCAUUCACCUGUCUGCAGGGUUUUGCGCAGGGUGAAGUGUUUUGUACUGCUCCUUCUCUCGCUGUCAUUGCUGGCUUGGAUUACAACUUUUUCAGGUGAAACCUUGAAAUCCGUUCAGGUUCCCACUGACACAACACAAGCUCUUGUCAAAAAAGACAGUCUGAAGGAUGAACUCAUCACUUGGACAGAAGCACCUGAUCAUUUAAAUACACCACCACCAAAAUGCUCUCAGGAAUCACCGUUGCUAAAGGGAGCUGUGAACCUGACCUUUGAAUCCUCUAUGAAACUGAAGGAUGUGGAGAGUGAGAACAAAGGAGUGACUGAAGGCCAGUAUAAGCCCUCGGACUGUACAGCGAGGCAGAGCGUAGCGAUCCUUAUCCCUCAUCGCAACCGAGAGAGACACCUCCUCUACCUCCUGUGCCACUUGCACCCCUUUCUGCAAAGGCAGCAACUACACUAUGCUGUUUAUGUCAUCCAGCAGGCUGGUGAUGCAACCUUUAAUCGUGCCAAGUUACUGAAUGUUGGGUAUUUGGAGGCACUGAAAGACUUCAGUUGGGAGUGCUUCAUCUUCCAUGAUGUGGACCUGGUUCCGGAAAACGAUCACAAUUUAUACAUCUGUGACAAGCAGCCCAAACACUUGGUGGUUGGCCGGAAUGUCACAGGAUACAAGCUGCGUUACAAAGGCUACUUUGGAGGAGUUACAGCCAUGACUAAAGACCAGUUUCAUCAAGUGAAUGGAUUCUCAAACACUUACUGGGGGUGGGGUGGAGAGGACGAUGACCUCCGCAUCAGGGCUGAGCUCAAUAAAAUGAAGAUUGUGCGGCCGCCCGCUGACAUAGCUCGCUAUACCAUGGUGUUUCACAAACGGGACAGUGGUAAUAAAUUAAACAAGGACAGGAUGCAUUUGUUAGGACGAACACAACAGGUAUGGAGAAAGGAUGGACUCAGCAGCUGCUCGUAUAAGACUGUAUCGGUAGAGAGGCUGCCUCUUUAUGUGAACAUUACUGUGGACAUUGGAAAGCCACUGAGCUGAAAUUUCAGACAGGAAGUCCUGCUGUAGCA